AUGGCAGCAUCACAGCCAGAUCCAGCAACAUUCAUCGACUGCCGUGUUGGCAAGAUUGUUUCCUGCAAGAGCAUCGAAGGCUCUUCUAAGUUAUACUCAUUAGAAGUUGAUAUGGGCAACGACGAGGUCAAGCACGUCGUUUCUGCCGCAAAGAAAUUCUACAGCAUUGAUGACCUUGUUGAUAAGCUCGUCUGCGUUUUCGCUAACUGCCAACCAGGUGAACUUUUCGACGAAAUUUCGGAAGGUAUUCUUCUUGGCUGCGCUACAGAUGAUAACCACGUCGAACUCCUCGAACCACCAAUGGAUGACCAGCCAGGUGAUAGAAUUUAUUUCGGAUCUUUCACAGAUGCUGAUAAUGAAGUUGAAGAAGUUGAUCCUAGAAACAAGCACUGGAAUAAGAUGCUUCCAGAACUCAGAGUUAACCGUAAUGGUGAAGCUACAUACAAGGGCGAAAACAUCUAUACUGACUAUGGUAAUGUUGUUGCUCCAAAUCUUACAGAUUGCCCAUUCCAUUAA